AUGAAUAAAUAAUUUACACUUAAAAAAGCAUUCUUCUAAAUAAACAUUUAGGAUAUUAGAGGUAAAAAGAAGGCUUGUGAAAUAUGCUAAAAGGACUUUAGUGUGCUUUAGAAAGAACAUUAAUGUAAGAGAUGUAAAAGAGCUGUUUGUUACUCAUGUUCAUAAAAUAAAGAAAUAAUCUAUAAAAUUAGUUUAUAUAAAUCUGCUGCAAGUAUUGAUUAAAAACCUCAUAGAUAAUGUAAUUUAUGUCAUGAAGAAUCUAAAAGGAUGAGAUAAUUUAUAUAAUAAAAUAGUCUUGCAUUUGGUAAAGACACAUUAUGUGAAAAAUGGCUAAAAUAAAUGAAUAAUAAAAAGAAUUAUGAAGAAAUUGUAAAAGAUUAUUAUGAUAAUUUAAAUGAUCCCCAAUUUGAAUAUAAAUUUAUGAAUUAGGAUGCUUCGGAAAGCAUGACAUUCACUAAAUAUAAAAAUGCUAUUAAUAAUAUGUACAAUAAACUUGUUGAUUAUUGUGAUGCAUAUAAUUAUUCAUUUCAGGAAUUUUAUCAUCAUAUAACUUAGAAGAAAGAUGCCACAUCAAUAUAGAAUGCCAUUUGCAAUAUUAUUAAAGCAUUUCUUAAUAAACAUGUAAGUAAAUCUAUAUUGGAAUUAGCCCAAAUUUGGAUUUGAUGAUGAAUUUAUACUUGUAGUAUAAUACUUUUUAAGUUUUGCUUCAGAACCAUUAGCUUUUAUGUGUCUAUCCUAUUUCUAUGAAUUAGUAUAUCCAAGAGAACUUUACUAUACUUUUCUUAAAUCAAACGAUUAUGACAUUAAAAAAUAUUCAAAGCUCAUUUUAUCUCUAUUAGAUUCUGUAUUCCAUCUACAAUCUUCAGAUGUUCAAAAAAUAUAAUCUUAUUUAAAACAUGAUUUUUAAAAGUUAGCUUUAACUUUAUCUAUUAAUUCUCUAACUUUUGAAAAUACUUUUCUAAUAAUUGAUAAUUGUAUUAAGGUUGGUAAUUUUUUAGAAUUCUCUAAAGCAUUAACAGCUAUUUGUUCUUUGAGAAUUGAAGAAAUUAAAAAGUAUGCUGAUGUUUCAUAUGAGAAAUUGGCAGUAAAAAUUUUAAGAAAUGUUGAAUUCAGAGAAUUAUAAGAAUCUUUAAAAAUGUUUGAAGUUGUAGAUUAGAAAAUUUAAGAUAAAAUAAUUAAAUAAUUUAUAUAAGAAGAAUAAAAAGCAAAUUUUAUUCUUGAUGAUAAAUAUUUAUAAAAUAAAAUAUUAUCAAGUGAUCAAUAUAAAGAAUUAUAAUAUAAAUAUGAAAUUUUGGAGAAUGAAAAAAAAAGUUUGUAAAAAUAGAUUGAAGAACAAAACAAAAUCUAUUAAAUAACAUUAGCAGAAAGUUAAUAAUAAAAUUAAUAAAUUUAAUCAUUAAAAAAUGAAAUGGCAAAAAUCAAAUCUGAAUUAUUUGAUCUCUAAAAUUUGCCAUAAAAUAUUUAAACAGAUCAAACUUAUUCUGGUGGAAGUGAUUAAUCUAAAUUUAUUGCACUUUUAUAAGCACAAAUUUAGGAAUUAAGAGCAAAAUACAAAGGUGUUGAAGAAGAAUUGUAGAGUUCUCUUAAUUAAUUAGCUAGUAAAAAUACCGAAAUCAGAAAGCUACAAAGUAAUGUAAGAGAAAAUAGUAAGACUUUAGCUGAUUUAGCUUUUGAAAAUCAUAAUUUACAAUAUGAAUUAGAUUCAAACUUAGGAAGAUCAAGAACAAGUACAAGAUCAAGAACAUAAAUAGAUAAUAAAUUAUCUUAUGAAAUGCUACAAGAAAAACUGUAAAGAACUGAAAAAGCUUUAGAAGAAUUAAAAGAGUAAUAUGAUGAAAUGAAAUUGACUACUGGAGAAUUUUAACUAGAGUCAGUUCGUUUCAAAAGAUAUUAAUAAGAAUCACAAUUUACAAUAAACACACUUUAAUUAUCUAUUACAUCCUUAGAACAAUAAUUAUUAGAUGAAAAAUAAAUCAAUUAAAGAAAUUUGUAAAUCAAUAGAGAAAAAUUGGAAACUUAAUAUAAAAAAAUGAAUGAAAGUUUGGAAAUUGUUUAUGGUAGGAAUGACAAAUUAAUGACUGAAAAUGAGAAGUUGAAAAAAGAUUUAAAAGAAUUUUAAGAAUUAUGUGAAGAAUAAAAGAAGAUCAUCAAAUUAUUAUAAGAAGAAUAUGAAAAACAAAAAUAUUUAAAUGAAGAGUAAGAAAAAAUCUCUUAAGAAUUUAAAAAUAGAGAUUUAUAAAGAUAAUUUGAAACCUUUGAGGCUCUUAAAGAAAAUGAUGAUAAGGAAAAAGAAUAACUAGCUAUCUAAUUAUUUAAAAAAAUUGAUGAUUUAAUUAAAGAAAUCUAAUUCAGAAGCAUAGAUCAAUUAUUAAAAAGAGAAUAAUUAAAUAAAUUAUACAAAGAAGUAAUCUAUAUUUUAUAGUAUUAGAGUGCUUAACAUGAAAAAGCUAUGAGAAUACUUUUAGAUAAGGUUGAAAGCUAUACAGAUAAAAAGCUUAUUCAUCAUUAUCCUCAUUCACUCUAAUCUUAACAAUCAUCAGUAAGAUUAGAUGCUUCAAUAAAGGUAUAGGAAGGUUAAAAUGAUAAAGAAAAAACAAUAAACACAACAGAUAAUAAAAAAUAAGAAGAAUGUUAAAUUAUGUGA